AUGGUGCACGCGCACUCGACAAGGGUGCACGCGCACUCGGCAAGGUGCACGCGCACUCGGCAAGGUGCACGCGCACUCGGCAAGGUGCACGCGCACUCGGCAAGGUGCACGCGCACUCGGCAAGGUGCACGCGCACUCGACAAGGUGCACGCGCACUCGACAAGGUGCACGCGCACUCGGCAAGGGUGCACGCGCACUCGACCCUGUUGUGCCUUGUUGAUGUCCCUAGCGCAUGCCUAUGUACUCGCUUAA